UUCUCUCGCAAAAAGCAAAACUUGUCAAAAAGCUAGAUUGAGGCUGAGAGGACGUUUCUGUUUUCUAGUUAUUAGCAAUAUUGUUUUUUUUAAGUUCAAUAGUUAGAUAAUGUUGAUUCAAAAUGAUGUCUGAUCAGUUUAGAAAAGUAGAGCCUUAUUCUCCGAAGUCCUCGCCAAGAGGCGCGAGGUCGCCAGUGGUGUCUCGGCAGGAUUCGUCUGGAACCCUGAAGACCACUAUAUCCCUGGGCAAAAACCCUUCCAUAGUGCACAGCGGGCCAUUCUAUUUGAUGAAAGAACCUCCAGGAGAAUGUGAACUCACAGGCGCUACAAACUUAAUGGCCUACUAUGGUUUAGAACACUCCUAUAGCAAAUUCAAUGGUAAAAAGCUGAAGGAAUCACUAUCAUCUUUCCUACCUAAUCUGCCGGGGAUCUUAGACGGCCCUGGCCAAGAAGAUAACAGUACUUUGGGAUCAGUGAUAGCAAAGAGACCGAUAGGUGGCAAAGAGUUGCUGCCACUCACGAGCGCGCAGCUGGCCGGCUUCAGGCUGCACCCCGGGCCCCUACCGGAGCAGUACCGCUAUGUGAGCGCCACCCCACCAAAGAGGCAUAAGAGCAAGCACAAGAAACAUAAGCACAAAGAUGGCGCUCCACCUGGCCAGGACACUCCUAUACAAGAUUCAUCAAACCCAGACACCUAUGAGAAGAAACAUAAAAAGCAGAAGCGCCAUGAUGACGACAAGGAGCGCAAGAAGCGUAAAAAGGAGAAGAAAAGGAAAAAGCAGAAACACAGUCCUGAGCAUGGCGGGCUCACCCCGAAUCAACACCCCAUACCAUAGACACUUCUAGCCGUAUCAUAGAGCAUACACAAUGUGGCCAAUUCUAAAGCAGCAAAACAGAACUGCUAGAACAUAAAAUUAGUACUGUGUGCUUUUUCUGUUUCACAAGAGCAUAAAAUGUUUUGUUUCUUUAAAAUCUGCCUCAUUAUAGAGUUAAGUUUUCUAGUACAAGACCUGAGGAGAAUUAGACUUAUGUGAAGCAAGGUUCAGUUACCUUGUUACCUUUAUGAAAUGUCAUCAACAAAUUGACCAUUCACUGCACACCAUUUAGCAAUGGAUACUGUUGCCUGAUGUUUAUAAGUAAUUAUGAAUAAACCAAAUCCUUCAUUAUGCUGUAUUCACACAUUCUUCUCCUCAGGCCUGACAUGCCCAAUAAUCAGUAGUUCAUAAAUAUUGCGUAAGUAUUAGUAAAUAUUAUGAUAGUUAAUACUUGCGUUGAUUUUUACUUGCAAUGGCGUAUUCAGUAACACUUUGAGUAGCUUCACCGUUAAAUUCCUGUGUAAAUAUAUCAAUAGAUCCUUACCCAUUAUCUCUUACCUCUUAAAUAUUCUGAAAGUAAUAAAUUGUUCAAACU